CAUGAUGACAGUUCCCUUGAGAGGCAGCCAGCUUCUGCAGGAAACUUGUUCCAGCACGGAGUGCUGCAGAUACCUGAAAUCUGAAAAGAGAAGGAAAAAGGCCAAUUUCUCAAUGUCUAGCCAAGUUUGUUUAUGAGAUUGGAAAUAACUGUGAUCUCAAGCAUCCGUCUGCAUGCAGAGGGUUUUCACAGCAGAUAUUCAGCUUCGGUAAACGGAUUUGUGGAUUUGCAUGGGGUAAAAAUGGAGGCAGAAAUAAAACUUCUGAAACUGAGCCUCAGUCCAGAAGUGAUGGCUUCCCAGCUGCAUGCAAAUGCUUUCAAUAUCUCCGCAGUAGAGAACAGGAGUCUGUGUAUAAAUGGCACACCGUGGAUUUGGCAUCUUCUAGAAGAAUGUGUCGAGAAUGCGUGGGAGUACUGCAGCGUUGUCAUAGGACUGAUUUCCAUUGUCUGCUUUCUGUUUGCUGCACUACCCCAAAUUCAUGUCGCCUGUCGGGAUGGAAAGGUGGACCAAGCGCUGUCGUUGGGCUUUCUGCUGUGUUGGGUGGCUGGAGAUCUCACAAAUCUGAUAGGCUGCUAUUUAACAAAUCAACUGCCAAUUCAGACUGUCACUGCCAUCUCCUACGUUAACAUGGAUAUCAUUUUGAUUUCACAGUUUGCCUAUUGCAAGCUCAAGAAUCAGAAGAUGAUGAAAGGCAGCAAAAGGCUGAAGAAUUUCUGUAUAACCUGGAUCUUGAUAUGCGUAACCCUGUGUAUUGUUUUACCCUGCCAGCUGUUAAUCAGAAAGCAAGACCAGAGUUCAGCAAUGGAAAGAAGUAAUAACUCUCCUGAUAUGAUUGAAAUGUCAGGCUUCGUUUGUGGCUAUAUAUCUUGUGUGUUUUACUUGGGAAGUAGAUUUCCUCAGCUGUAUAAAAAUUUUCAGAGAAAGUCAACAGAAGGCACCUCUUACCUGCUGUUUGCAUUGGCCAUGCUGGGAAACUGCACGUAUGGCCUCAGCCUUGUCCUAAAGAUGCCUGCUGCGGAAUCUGUCCGGGCCCUCUACUUUUUACACCAUCUUCCGUGGCUCCUCGGGAGCUUUGGAGUUUUGCUCCUGGAUGUUUUUGUGACUGUGCAGUUCGUUCUGUAUGGUCAGCACAAGGAGAGAUCACAUGCCUUGGUGGCACUGGAAGUGGAGCCACUGCUUGUGGGUGAGGAGGAUGCAUAGUGCUGUGCUCACGCCUGGGGACUUCGAUGGGUCAGACUGCAGGAGCUUUGCAACCACACUUAUUUUUGGUAUUCAUUUAUUUGUCAUUAAUUUGUCACUGCUUGUUUAAUGUUUUCAUCUUCACAUCAUUCGCAAAUAUUUGUUCUGUUGCUUCAGAAGUGUAUUAAGUCUUUGUUUUCCUGAAUGUUUGCCUUUCUCACUGUUUCUCCCUGUGAUGGGAAUCGCAGCAGUGGGUGCUUUGGGAGUAUUUAUUUGACACGAUGAUGCCAAGCAUAUCACAAGGUGACGAUUUUCAUCUAAAAAUAUACAUCUUGAUAACAGUAAUAUGGCUGUUUUAAAACUGUGGAUGAUGAAUUUACGUCCUGUGCCUUGAACUCAGCGUGGAGUUCUGUACUGCUCAGUCUGCUCACAUUGUAUGGAAGAAAACUGGCCUUUAAUUAAGAACCAUCGGUGCAGAGGAUCCAUUGCUGAUGUAAAAGCAGAAUUGUGGUGUGAGUUCUUGAGAUCACAGAAUCCCAGAAUGGCCUGGGUUGCAAAGGCCCACGGUGCUCAUCCAGUUCCAACCCCCUGCUGUGUGCAGGUCACCAACCAGCAGCCCAGGCUCAGUUUAAAACCAUUCCCCCUUGUUCUGUCACUAUCCAACUGAUACUUGGGUCCCCAUGAGUAUCACUCUGCAUUUUAUUGUUUUAAUUAAAACUCUAUAUACCAAUGCCUUUGCCUUCUGUGGAAUAUAAUUACUGCACGUUGUCAUACGCUGCAGAUGAUGGUUUCCUAGGACUUGCAUUUCUUUACUGCUGGGUUGGGUAAAUACUACAGAGGGGAAAAACAACACCACAACAUAAGGAGACUGUAACUUGUCAUUGCUUAUUGAGCACGAGGAAUUUUGUCAGUGCUGUGUUGUGUUUAAUGAAAUCCUUAAUAAGAUUCCAGAGAAUAAAUUCAAGUUAAUAUUUCA